AUGGUGACCAAAGCCCUCGACGACUCCGACGCAGAAGACCACGAUUUACACGCUCAUGGUCUUGCGUGGGGCGAUGUUCAUCCGGGGAGUAUUGUUAUUGAUACUAGUUUCAACCCGUGGGUUGUGGAUUUCGGCGGGGGGUCGAUUGUGGAGUUCGUUUCGCGCAAGAAGGCGGGGACGAAGGAGGGGGAUUGGCAGGGGGUUGGGAAGAUCUUUGAUGAAUGGAUGUUUGAAAGUGAUGACUGA